UAUACGAAAAUACAAUAUUAUUUUAGCCACCGACGCCCGCUUCCCCUUUCUUCGUCUCCUCUUCGUUCGAAGGCGCUCUCCUUCUCUUCGAUCGCAAUGUGGGCGGGCGGCGUAGAGUAAUCCUUCUCUGCUGUCUUCCUCUUGCGAUCUCCGAUCGCGUGUCGUCGGUUACGCCGUCGAAAUCGCCCCCAAGUCCCUCCAAAUCCAGCCAGCUGGUGCCGUUUUCCGCCCCGCGUCAAAACCAAGUCUUUUUUUUUUUUCGUUCUUUUCGGUGGGAGAUCCUUUCAGGGAACUUGAUUAUGAAAGAGUGGAGAAGAGGGGAUUCGAAUUGAAUGCGAGGCGAUUUUGUUGUCUAUGGGGCGCAGCGCAUUUUGGUCUCAGAAGAUGUGCAAGUUCGGGAGGACGAAAGGACCCGAGUCCAGAGGAGAGAGGUAUCAUGGGAUGAAAUCAGGAGGCGAGGCGAAGGUGGAGAAGAUGAAGGAGAGGUCCAAGCUAAAGCUUUGGAUGAUGAGGACGAUGACCACCGUUCUGUUCUGGACGUGCAUCCUCCAGCUCACGGUGCUGCGGGAGUCGUGGGGAUCCAAGGUCCUGAAAGCUUGGCCUUCUUGCUUUACUCCGCCGGAUUCACUGCUUAACGCGAAACAAGUCACCCCAGUCGUCGACAAGAUUGUUCUUCCCCCUAAAAGAAUCUACAGAAAUAACGGGUACAUAAUGAUCUCAUGCAAUGGAGGGCUUAACCAAAUGCGAGCAGCGAUAUGUGAUAUGGUGGCUAUUGCAAGAUAUCUAAAUGUGACACUCAUAGUUCCAGAGUUGGAUAAGACAUCAUUUUGGGCUGAUACCAGUGAGUUCCAAGACAUUUUUGAUGUCGAUCACUUUAUCACUUCAUUGCGAGAUGAGGUCCGGAUAUUGAAAGAACUACCACCUAGAUUAAAGAGUAAGGCUGAACUAGGAAUGGUGUACUCUAUGCCGCCUAUUAGUUGGUCUGAUUUGUCUUACUACUACGAUCAGAUUCUUCCUUUGGUGAAGAAGUACAAGGUUGUGCACUUCAAUAGGACGGAUGCAAGGCUUGCAAAUAAUGGCCUACCAAUUGAGAUUCAGAAGUUACGUUGCCGAGUGAACUAUGAUGCUCUGAGAUUCACUUCUCAGAUUGAAGAAUUGGGUAGACGGGCGGUGAGAAUUCUGCAGAAAAAUGGCCCCUUUUUGGUUCUUCAUUUAAGAUACGAGAUGGAUAUGUUAGCUUUUUCUGGAUGUACUCAUGGUUGCACUAGUGAAGAGGCGGAAGAGUUAACAAGAAUGAGGUAUGCAUAUCCGUGGUGGAAGGAGAAAGUUAUCGACUCUGAAACAAAAAGGAAAGAUGGACUCUGCCCCUUGACACCUGAAGAGAUUGCUCUUAUUUUGAGAGCACUAGAGAUAGAUUGCGAUAUCCAAGUAUAUAUAGCAGCUGGAGAAAUAUUUGGUGGGAAAAGAAGAAUGGAAGCCCUUUCUGAUGCAUUUCCAAAUCUGGUGAGGAAGGAAAUAUUAUUGGAACAAUCAGAUCUGAAAUAUUUCCAGAACCACUCGUCGCAAAUGGCAGCCUUAGAUUACAUUGUUUCUUUGAAUAGUGAUAUCUUUAUACCAACCUACGACGGAAACAUGGCUAAGGUCGUUGAGGGUCAUCGCAGAGCCUUGGGUUUCAAGAAGACCAUCGUCUUAGACCGAAAACUCCUUGUCGAACUGAUUGACCAGUACGAUAAUGGAACUCUAGGGUGGGAUGACUUUUCUUUAUCGGUCAAGGCCGCUCAUGCUAAUCACAUGGGGUGGCCUACUUCGCGAACCGUAAUUCCUGACAGGCCUAAGGAAGAAGACUAUUUCUAUGCCAAUCCACAAGAGUGUCUCCCACAAACUGAUAAGUCAUGGACUUCAUGAGCUCUAUCACUGUGUCAUUCCCACCUAGAUCACCACAUUUUGGAGAACAUCAAUCGAUCAUUCUACUAAGAUCCUCGCUCCGCUAUAAGAAAACAUGGAGAUUUUCCUCAAGGAAAUGUUGAUGUACAAGAAAAGGUUAGGAUACUGGAGGAGUCAUCAUUCAUGCAGCUUCUCAAAAUAUACAUAUUUGUUACAUAUCAUUCUCUCCAUAAUAAAUCUGAUCCUUGUACAUAAAGAUGAGUGGGAAAAGAUCGAAAACUUUGGCAAUUUUCAACUGCUUGUACAGCAUAGGAGAUGGAAAAAAGACUAAUUUAUCUCAA